AUGAAUCCCACGGCUUCAUCAGGAACCCCAGGCAAUCCCGUGUUUUGGGUGCCACCCAACACCAAUUACCCUGUGGUUCCAGGAGUCGUGUCUCAGGUACCCUUGUAUCCAAGUGCCCAGCCUCAAGUCCACUUGAUUCCUGGGAAUCCACUUGGCUUGCCAGUGCAUGUGACUGACCCACAGGCCCACAGAGCCUUGAAAGAAGGCAAAGUCUUAGGGGCCCUGCAGAUCCUGAUCGGCCUGGUCCACAUCGCUUUCGGCUCCGCCCUGGUGACCGUCAUCAAUGGGAGAUACACUGCGAUCUCGUUCUACGGUGGCUUUCCUUUCUGGGGAGGCAUCUGUUUUAUUAUUUCAGGGGCCCUUUCCGUGUGUGCAGAAAAGAACCCAGGAUCUUCUUGUCUGCUGAACGGCAGCACGGGCAUGAACAUCGUCAGUGCCAUCUUUGCCGUGGUCGGUAUCAUGCUCUUCAUCACAGAUCUGAGCAUCUCCAUCACCUGGGAUUGGUCCUAUGACCCUUACUACAAUUACAGCUGGGGUGUGAGCCCCGGGGUGGCGAUUUCUUGUGCACUGCUCAUUUUCUGCCUGCUGGAGUUCUGCAUUGCAUGCACCUCUUCCCACUUCGGCUGCCAGCUGUCUUGCUACCAGUACAACAAUGUGAGUGUGGUCCUCCCCAACGUCUACGCAGCCAACCCAGUGGUGAUCCCAGGACCAGAGAACGUGCCCGAGAGGUAUCCUGCCGAAGCCCACGUUUCCAAAUGA